AUGUCCGGAAUUACCCUCAUCGUCCUCCUCGCAAUCGCCAACACCCUCGGCCGAGUCAGCUCAAUCGGCGGUAGCUCGCUAUUAGACCGGCCGUUCAACUCGCUCUUAACGGAUCGUGACUAUGCCGACGCGGACGUUAAAGCGGGGAUGUACGGCUCUACGGACGGCUUUUCCGACGUGGAAGGGUCGUCGGAAAAGAGCUCUGGAGGGAUGCGGGUGGGGAUCGAAACGCAGAUCGAUCCGUGUGGAGGGAUUGGUCUAAGUCCGGGGAACGACAACUGCUUCGGAUCGUGUAAACGUCGGACCAAGUCGGGACACUGCGUGAAGGAGCUGUUCAAGCUUUACGACGACGCCUAUAAACCUCUGUGGCCGGCGCGAGUGGACCUGCUGAUUCGCAGCUACGUGUCGGACACGUUCUUCCUGCUGGAGAUGCUCUUCGACAGCAUCGAGCAGAUGUGGCCACGUGGCAUCGGUGACGUCAUCCUGGUGCUGGACGAGGACAACCAAAUCGUGGAGGACAUCGUGCCCACGUGGAUCAAGGUGUACUACGAGAAGAACUAUCUGAAGCUUCCUGGAAAGAUCCUCCAGCAGUGGAGCUACCUGUGGGCCGACAACUACACCACUGCUCCGUACAUUGCCAUCAUAGAUGAUGACGUCAUCUUCAACCUCAAGGUGACCCCGGGUCUUCUUUUUAACCUGACGGACGGCAAGCCGUAUGUGAUAGGCAGCCGGCAGAAGCAGAUGAACCACUGGGUGCCCUCCACCCAUUACUUCGUGGGCAAGCCCUACUACUUCGCCAACUUCAUGGUGCAGCUGCCCUUUGUCUUCCCCCGUGACGUGCUACCCAAGUUCCGAGACCACGUCACGCGCAUCCGCGACGGCAAGUUCGCCAGCUUUGACGCCGCCUUCCUCAACUUUGCGCGGCAUGGGCCCAAGUUCGAAAGGACGCAGAUCGCCCACACGACUCUGGGCAAUUUCAUGUGGGCCUUCACACAGGACGAGGUGCACUGGGCGCUAGAGUGGACCAACCAUGUGCCCAUCCCACGUGUGGGCGUGCACAUGUCCUACUCACAGCCCUUCCGCACAGCCACCAACAACAGCGACAACGCCCCCCGCGUCGUCAAGAUCUACGUGGCUCUAGCAGGCUACUACGCCCACGAGGCCCUGUGCCACGCGUUUCCCAAGGGCGCGCUCGAUCGGUGCGGCGAUGUGUUGAAAUAUGAGCAGCGGCAGAUCUGGCAGUAUGUAAUGGACUGGUAUGAUUGGCCGGCGAUCAAGCACAAGAGGAGGAACGCGACGUUUGUGUAUGAUUUGUAUAAGCGCGAGCUGGCGUGCAUGUAUGGGAAGGUGGUGGAUGCGCGUACUAACGAGUGGACGGAUCAUAUUAUAGGGAGGCGAAGGGAGCUGGUGAAUGAGAUGACGAGAGACUGUGCCACGCCACACUCUAUUUAA